AUGCUCCCCCCACCACCAAACAUCCUGGGCGCCCCCCCCGCCCCGCCAUCACCCUCCAACUACCCCGACGAAAACAACUCCUCCGUCAACUCCAACAACAACGACAAAUCCGAUUGGGAGGACUGGACCGACAACGAGAUCAUCACCACCGUCAACAGCCCCCGAACCAACAAUACCAGCCCCCAAACUCCCCAACCCCCUCUACCCCCUACUAGAGGACAAGGACAAGGGCAAGUCCAAGAAGAGCUGCCCGCGACACCAACUACGCCCUGGCCAACGAUCAUGUCCUCCCCUUCAAGGAAUACCAACGGCACCAACUCCCCAAUCUCCCUCCGCGGGAUAAAUAAUCCGACUCUGAAGAGGCUAAGGUCGAGACAACGCCAAAAGGCGCAGAAUGCCCGGGCUGGGAUCAAGCUUGUCACCGACCUCUCCAAAUUGCAACCCCCUUCCCAACAGCAACAGGGCAUGCGCACGGGAAAGUUUGUGGAUUUGGCUGCGCUGAAAGCCCUCGAGGGACGGCGCUCUCCCCUCUCAGGGAGCGACUACUCCGCGAAGCGGGCAAGUUAUGCGAGUUGGAUGAAGCGAAGGCCUACAUACAAGAGCUCACAAAAAUCCCUUGGUGUUGAGGCGAGUCCUGCGACGGGGACACCCAGCGCAGCGACGGCUGAUUUGAGUCCAUAUGAGAGGAGGAUUCCGAUAGGCAUUGAAAUCCCCCCUGGCCAGGAAGUAGUCGUCAGCCCGGAGACGGCAGUAGUAGAGACACCACCUGAUUUGUUUCCGCGGUAUCUACAGGCUAGACAGCAACAGCAGCAACAGCAGGUUCAACUGCAGGUGAAGGACCAGAGGGUUGUGGUUCUGGGACAAGUGGGGAUGGGAAUGGGCAUGGGCAUGGAACAGAGGGGAGUGAUGAGCCCUGAGGAGAUGCCCAAGUCGUGCUGGUCGCCGGAUACCGAGGAUAUGGUUUCGCCUCAGUCGGUCGUAACGGAGAGGUCGCCGCAGGAGGGGUUGAUGGAGAGGGUGUUUGGGAAUUUCCCUUUUCCGAAUAACACCACAACCGCGACGACCACACAACCGACGCAAAAUGCCGCAAAGACUCUCGCAGGAGAGAUCUCUCCUCUAACCCCUGAUGACAAUGCAACACUUCGCUCACCAAUCUACGACGAAGACGACGACACGAACACCCCCGUGACACUCUUCGAAGAGGAUGGCCAAAGUCCAGCAACCACGCGGCGCAGGUCGCUGCGCGCAAUGGCCGCUAAUAACAACCUAACCAUCAACAUCAACCGGCAGCGGUCGGGCACAAGUGGGAGUGCGGAUACGGCGGCGAGGUCGCCGCAGGGCUGGUGGGAUCAGAUUAGGAGCCCCUUCUUUGGACCGCCAACGCCGGUGUAUUUUCCGGGGCAGGGCCCGAGUCAGACGCAGAUGCCGGCACAGGUCCAGGCGCAGGUGGCGGUGAGUGUGACCGGGAAUGGAGUAGACACGAGGGCAGAAGAUGAGUGGUGGAAAGAUGAUGACAAGAAGAAGCAAGUUUCGACAAUGUUUGAACGCAAGGAGGGCUCAUCGAGCAGGACCGGGACGCCGUCCUUGGAGAAGGAGACGCUGAAAGCCCGUCCGCCGCCGCAGAUCGUCGUAGAGGACCACUCGUCUAGUGUCCCAACACCGGGCCCAACGCCAAUGCAAGAGCCGCCUUCGUCCUCAGAACUCGCAAAAACCGCCGCUCUCUCCCAUCCUCCAGAGAAACCACCCACAACAACAGCCUCCCCCUCCGUGCCCUCCCCAACCCCCUCCGACCUUCCCCCUCCGUACUCCCCCCCACGCCCUCAACAUCCUAUUCCCCGCUACCGCCUCAUCCCCCUCCCCUCCCCUUCCCCUUCCCCUUCCCCCGGUCUCGCCGACCAAACAAUCUCCUCUCAACGCGCUCCCGGCCUCGGCCUGCGCGGCGGGAACGGCCAGCCCGACAAUCUCUCCGACAUACCCCUCACACCAAACGCAGGGCCUACGGCGCCGGGGGCGGCUUAUUAUCCAGGUGUGUUGCCUGACCGUCCGCAGGGAUCGUUCGUUCCGGCAGAGCAAUCUCCUUUGGCAGAUGUGCGUGUCAAUGGGCGCGGGCCAUGGCAGAGCGCCGAGCGGAAGAGGAGGAGGCAUGAGAAAGAGGAUGCGGUGGCGUAUCGGGCGGGGAGGAUGUGGCAUGGACGCGGGUGUUUCCCUCUUCUAGGGGGUUGCUGCGGGCUCGGGAGGCCGGGACGGGAGGGGAGGAAGAGAAGGAGGUUUUGCUGUUGCGGGGCGCUGUGCUGCUUGCUGGUGUUAAUGGUGAUUAUUCUGGGGGUUGUAUUGGGAACGGUGGUGUUCAAGAAGAGGGAGAAAGAGGAGGAGUUUGGGCCGUGGAGGUGGGUGAACCUGACGGAUUUCCCGGCUAUGCCUGUCGGCAGGGUGACGGUUGUUGGACCGGAGGAGGAGAUUCGGACAGGGUGUGUGCAGCCAUCGACGUUGUGGUCGUGUGCGAUACCCAAGGAGGAGGCACAGGCGGGGUUGGCACUGGGGUUUGAGUCAACCAAGCCGGCGUUCGUAUUUGAGAUUGAGGUUGAUGAGGGCGAGGAGCAGGCGUGGAACGUGCCUAAUGGCGAGACGCCUACGCCGGUGCCGCUGCCUGCUAGCACCAGCACGACAUCGAGAAUUUCUUCGACCGGCUUCGCUACCGUGACGAGAAGUUUCAGCAGCUCCAGCACGAGAGCUACCUCAACAAGCGCGGCCACCGACGACAACGGCUCCCUCGUCCGGCGCCAGCAAACAGCGACCUCCCCCGGCGAAGGCGAAACUUUCAUCCCCUCCCCUCCGGCACCGCCCUUCCAAGAAAUCUUCUUCCUCGGCAACACCACCGACGGCGUCGUCUCCCCUGACAAGGGCGGCGAGCCAACCCCUUUUUACAUCACCCUGCUCCGACCUAACACCACGACCCCUGAUUCUCCAUCCCUUACCCGCCUAGCCCGCCGCCAAGCAACCACCUCCUCGUCCCCCUCCUUCGGCGACGUCAUCGACGCCCUGAUGCCCCCUCCACACAUCAACCCCGACGGGACCGCCGCUCCUCCCAUCUUCUUGCCAACUCCCCAACGUCAACCCCUUCGUCUCUUUGAUCGUGGUUUGCCGACCGAGCGGUUUGCAUUCUAUUCGUACUUCAACAAAACCAUCUACGUCCGUGAGAUUGGCGAGAACGGACCGAGCCCUGACCGCGCAGACCUGAACGGAGGGUGUCUCCGUGAGGAAGCGAAGUGGGUUGUCGCGUGGCACGAAGUACGUAUCAAAGUCGAGAUCUGGACGCGGAGGAACGCCACUGCGAGACUCGUCAAUGGUGCGCGGGUUGGGUCCAUCACGCCACUUCCGGCGACUCUGAACGAGACGGAGGUAGAGAAGAUCGAGAGUACGCAGCCCGGCACGGCGCCGUAUCCUGUAACAGUAACGUUGGAUACGCAUGGCGGUGAGGUAACUCGGAAGAUUGUGUUUGCGAGGAGGAUUAGUGAGGACUUGAAGAUUCAGCUGAGCGGGGUGAAGCUGAUCAGGAAUGAGAUGAAUAAUACGGGGGAUUUGGUGAACCCGGGCGCGUCAGAGGAUGCGAACCCCAGCUUUGGAGGGUUCGAUGGCGGCACUGGAGGGUGCAGAUGUACGUGGAGGAAUUUCAUUGAUAAUUGA